AUGAGGGGAGCCAUAAUCGUGCUGCUGCUGACGACCGUUGCGGCGGCGGCGCAGCAGAAACGUGAGGCUGAACCGUCCGGAGGAUACGGACACGGGCUCGGACACGGCUUUGGCUACCGCUAUGGCUUUGACACCGGAUAUGGCUAUGGUCAUGGUCACGGAUUAGGACACGGUCACGGCCAUGGGCAUUCAGUAGCGUUUGUACAUGGUGGUCAUGGACAUGGAUUCGGUUUAGGAUUUGGACAUGGUCAUGGUUUCGGACAUGGUCAUGGAUUUGGACAUGGUCAUGGUUUCGGACACGGCCAUGGUUACAGUGUUGUACAUCAACACGGUUUUGGCCAUGGACAUGGAAUCGGCUUUGGCCACGGCUUCGGACACGGCUACGGCCACGGCAUCUACAAGCGCGAAGCAGAACCCGGCUUUUCCCACGGCUUUGGAGGCCACGGCUUCGGCGGCUUCGACGGUCAUGGUUUCGGUGGUCAUGGAUUCGGUGGUCAUGGAUUCGGACAUGGUGGCCAUGGAUUCGGGCAUGGUGGGUUUGGAUUGGGCCAUGGCUUUGGCCAUGGAUUUGAUCACGGCAUCGGUCACGGUCACGGCCACGUUGUCACUCAUGAAGUUGUCCAUGUAGGGCAUGGCCACGGUACACGGCCAUGGAUUUGGCCAUGGAAUUGGCUUGGUCAUGGCUUUGGGUCACGGCAUUGGUCAUGGCUUCGGACAUGGCAUCGGCCAUGGUUUCGGACGUUGACGCACGGAUCGUCAUGGAUUCGACACGAGAAAGAGGUAACUAAAGACAAUAAAGUGUCUGAAGAAGAUUCCUUUUCUCAAACGGGGAAGUACAUCCUCAAGCCCACUCAUGAAUUUAAAACCUCUUAG